CUCGCAGCUGUCAGGACCAAUUCAACUGGCAACCCCGCCGCACCCAAUGAAUGGGUGAUAUUGGUUGCAUGCAGGCGGUUGCAGUGGAGGCCCUUUGCGGUGGCAUCAGGAGAAUCAGAUUCUCGACGAGAAUAAUUCUACGAUUCUGCCCUGCAAUUGUUCUUUGAAGGGUACUCGCUCGCAACCUUCGGAGAACAUCCACACAAACAUAUUUAAGCCAGCCGAGCAUGUUGACUGUCCUCACCAAACAGCAUGGUCUUCGCUGCACUUCUACAAGUUCUUGCUUACAUCGGAGUCAUCUCCACCGCCCACUCACCAUUGGAGAUUAACCAGGCUCUGGUUUUGCAACCCUCUAUCCCGAGGGAUAACUCUCCAGCGGUUCCGCCAAUCCUCCCGAAUGAACAUUGGGGCUACGUGAACUUCCAUUACGAGAUGGAUCAACCUCAUCCUAUCGACGCUUCCGAGGGGCGUAGAAUUAAUGUCAAGACACUCGGAGGGAACUGGACGAAUCCGAAUGGAUCGCUCCUUGCCAAAGUCCUUCCUGGCAUCGGAGGAGACCAAGGGUACAUUGAUAAGGAAAAUGUAUUCAGGCUAGAUGUUCGACAGGCCAUAGAGUUCGUGAGCGAUCGAAAGUACGGUUACGUGCAACUGAAUGGCUUCGGAAAAGUCGGUGGUGGCAACAACGUCUUUAUAACGGUUGAGACGAGGUCGGCUGCUAACCUCAAAUUCAAUAACCGGCUAUUAUACGCUCUUGGUGUCUUCACCGAUGCUGGCGUGUCAGCUACUGUAUGGGCGCUGGGACCGCCUAAGCACGUAUGAGUCACGACGUGGUUCAGUGCACCCUUUAUAGCUUCCCGUCACAAUUUUGGCCGCGUUUUGCCCCUUUGUGCAACCCCUGUAAACUGCUCUUGUAAAUAUCCAUCCGACCUGCAUUCACCGAAUAUACUUGUCUAUGGCUG